AUGCGUGUAUCUUAUUGCUUCAGGGGUGAGGUGACUAAGCUUAUGGAAACUGACCGACCCACCAGUCAAGUACAAGAGUACUACGACCGUUUUUUCAUCCGUGGUCCGAUUGGACAAUUUGCGUUGAAGCGCUUGACUUGGGAGGAGACGAAGAGAUCGAUGCUGUCGGAUAAUACUCUAAGUCAGCAAGUUGAGGCUGAUCGAAUCACAUAUUUGUUAAUGGUUGAAGAUGCUCUCAAAGAUGGUAAAACCAGAUUAGAUCCUCAAAGUCCUAAUCUUACGAAUGAGAUUGAUGAUUUGGUUCACAAUCAUAUGAGUCGCAUGCAUUUGGAUGCUGAUGAGAGCUGCCCUCAAGUCGCCGAAUCUGGAGUUUUGGAUGAAGUAGUUGACCUGGCUUUAAGCGAUGACUCUUGCGAUCCCUCCGAUGUGGAAGAUAAUGACAAGAAGGUAAAGUUGUUGUUUGAA